AUGAAUGAUAGCUUAGAUGAUACCAUCCACUGGUCUGAGCCCCAUUGCUCUAAAGAUGCUCUGACUGAUAAUUAUGGUUGGUUCCUGCAAUUUCUGCUGGCCGUACUAGCGUUUACAUGUUUAAUAGGUAAACGGUUUUGUGAGCCCAAAUAUGCAAGAAGGCCUUGGCUCAUUUGGUUCUAUGAUACCUCAAAACAGGGCCUUGGUGCUUUGAUUAUACAUGCGGCCAAUGUUUGGUUGUCACCAUAUCAGACAGGCAAUCCCUGCACUUGGUACAUAGUAAAUUUUCUGUUAGAUUCUACACUAGGACUUCUGAUAAUUUGGGCUGGUAUACGACUCGCUCAAUAUUAUUCCCGAGUAUAUGAUAUACCACUUAUAAACUUUGGAGAAUAUGGCAAACCGCCAAUGUGUUCAGCCUGGUUAUGCCAAGGCGUGCUCUAUGCAGCGUUGGCAACAUUCGCAAAGUCCAUGCUUGCCUUAGUUCUACAGUUGCCCAUAAUGCAGGCCAUCUUAUCAAAAUUGCGACUGUCACCAGUAUCAGACCCUAGACUAGAAUUGGCUGUAGUUAUGCUUAUCAUACCCUUCUUUGUUAAUAUCUUAAUAUUUUGGGUGACAGACAAUUUCCUCAUGUACCACCCACGGGGAGUAAGCACUAAAUUGAAAACCAAGGUUCGUUACCAAUCAAUAAAAAAGGACAAGACCUGUUCUGAUGAAGAAGAGCAUUCAGCGGAUGAGCGGCUUUUGGGCGCGAAUGUAUGA